UGCUGUGAAUGUGCCCUCUAGUGGAGCCCGCGAGGACGCGGAAAUGUCCUUCCUGCCACGUGACGUCACACGAAUUCGAUCACAUGACAACCUCGGAGAAAAAGAAAACAGGAAAUAUUUCAGCCUGCGUUUUCACUUUGGGAGAGAGAAAGAUGGGGUCAGCUGUCGAGAGGACGGAUGAACAUGUCCGAGAGUACUUGAUAUAUCGUGGUUUCACCGGCACACUGAAGCACCUCGACUCUGAUAUGAAAGCAGACAAGGAGAAAGGAUUCAGAGUGGAUAAGAUCAUUGAUCAGCUUCAGCUGUUCAUCCAGACCUUUGACCUGAAUGGCCUGAAGGACUACUGGGGUUACCUGGACCGUAGGCUGUUCUGUAGACUGGAAGACAUCUACAGACCCACAGUCUCCAAACUACGGACCAGUCUCUUCAGAUACUACGUUGUUUACACUGUACAGUUAAAGAACAUAGAGAAGACACAGGAGUUUUUCCAGCGUCAGGCUCAGGAGCUGCAGGGCCAGCCGGAGUGGCGUGAUUGGUUCAUCCUGCCGUUUAUGCCUGCCCCCGAGCAGAACCCUUUAUUCUCGCCGUACUUCUCCCGUCAGUGGUCUGACACCUUCCUGGUCUCACUGCACAACUUCCUCUCUGUGCUGUUCCAGUGCAUGCCGCAGCCUGUGCUCCUGAGCUUUGACUCUGAAGUCCAGAGGACCACUUGUCUACAGGAGGAGAAUGAUCAGCUCAGACACAUGCUAUUUUCCCUGCAGGGAGAGGCUAAACUCAAGAAGCAGGAAGAGAUGGUGCAUCACAAACUCCCCCCCUACGUACAAAACAUGGACCGCCUCGGAGACACUGAGCUGGACCUGGUGACGAGCCAGCGUAACCCCGCCCUCACCACCACCCCUUCCAGGAACUUCUUCUCUACAUUCCUGCCCCAGGGCAGACGGGUACCUGUCAAGAUGCCUCGAGGACUUCCUGGGUCCUCGCCAACACAGGCCUCGCUGGGACGCAAGGACACCGCAGCCAAUCAACCCAAGGACCCAGUAGCGGCCUCCAAGGAGCCCAGGCCGGUCUGUAGCGCUGGGGGAACCAGUGAUCUGCAGGCUGGGUCUACUUCCCACCCCAGACAGAGACGACACCAGGACCACGAGAAGGAAAGGAAGGAGCUCUUCUCCAAGCCACAAAUUCAGGUGCCUGAGAAGAGAGGGGAGAGUGGGGACCCAGAGCUUCAACUCGAGGGGGGGACCACCAGCAGUGACCCGAUAGACCCUCCUCCCCCCAGCCAGACACAGGUCAGCGGGGAGGGACAGAGGGGUACAGGGGUGCUGGGGGUGGAACAUCCCUUCAUCAAGCUCAGUCAGGAAGAGUACGGAGAGCAUCACUCCUCGAUCAUGUACUGCAGGGUGGACUGCUCAGGGAGGAGGGUAGCCAGUUUGGAUGUGGACGGGGUCAUCAAGGUGUGGUCCUUCAACCCCAUCAUGCAGACCAAGGCCACCAUCAUGUCCAAGUCCCCUCUGCUGUCCCUGGAGUGGGCCACCAAGCCCGACAGACUGCUGUUGCUGGGCAGUGGUGUGGGUACGGUGAGGCUAUACGACACUAAUGCUAAGAAGAACCUGUAUGAGAUGACCAUAGACGAGACUCAUUCACGGAUCCUGUCCCUGGCCUGCAGCCCCAGCGGGACAUCCUUUGUGUGUUCUGCAGCAGCACACGCUGGGCCUGGACGCUCUGGGAGUGUGACAGAGACAGUACCACGGCUCCCCAAUCACCUCUCUGUCUCUGGACAGCUGCUGCUCUGGGACACCAAGACCGUCAAACAGCAGCUUCAGUUCUCUCUGGAGCCUGGUCCAGUAGCCAUCAACUGUACAGCCUUCAACCACAACGGAAACCUACUGGUAACUGGAGCUGCCGACGGAGUAAUUAGACUGUUCGACAUGCAGCGUUAUGACUGUGCUAUGAGCUGGAGGGCCCACGAUGGGGAGGUGUACAGUGUUGAGUUCAGCUAUGAUGAGAAUACGGUGUUCAGUAUCGGAGAGGAUGGCAAGUUUAUCCAGUGGAACAUCCACCGAUGUGGAGUGAAGCAGUCGGAGAACUCCCUGCCCCAGGAUGCCACGGGACCAUUCGUCCUGUCCGGCUACAGUGGGUACAAGCAGGUCCAGGUGCCACGCGGACGGCUGUUCGCCUUCGACUCCGAGGGACAACAUGUCCUCACUUGCUCCAACAACGGAGGGCUCAUCUACAGGGUAAGACCGUUUUCCUAGUUUUAAUGUGUCCCAAAUGGCACCAUUUUCCCUAUAUAGUGCACUACUUUUGACCAGGGCCCAUAGGUGUAGUAGCGUACUAUGUAAGGAAUAGGGUGUCAUUUAGGACAUGUUUAAUUAAACCUAAGGUAAGGCUGUUUUAGAGCAGUGGCUCUCAAACCUCCCCAGAUGUUUCACAAUGUUUUGUUGUAAGCCCUGAACUUUACUCAUGUUAAAGCCUCAGUGCUAACAGUGGACUUCCUGCUAGGGCAAACCGCCUCAGUGCUAACAGUGGACUUCCUGCUAGGGCAAACCGCCUCAGUGCUAACAGUGGACUUCCUGCUAGGGCAAACCGCCUCAGUGCUAACAGUGGACUUCCUGCUAGGGCAAACCGCCUCAGUGCUAACAGUGGACUUCCUGCUAGGGCAAACCGCCUCAGUGCUAACAGUGGACUUCCUGCUAGGGCAAACCGCCUCAGUGCUAACAGUGGACUUCCUGCUAGGGCAAACCGCCUCAGUGCUAACAGUGGUCUUCCUGCUUGGGCAAACCGCCUCAGUGCUAACUGUGGACUUCCUGCUUGGGCAAACCGCCUCAGUGCUAACAGUGGACUUCCUACUAGGGCAAACCGCCUCAGUGCUAACUGUGGACUUCCUGCUUGGGCACACCGCCUCAGUACUAACAGUGGACUUCCUGCUAGGGCAAACCGCCUCAGUGCUAACAGUGGACUUCCUGCUAGGGCAAACCGCCUCAGUGCUAACAGUGGACUUCCUGCUUGGGCAAACCGCCUCAGUGCUAACAGUGGACUUCCUGCUUGGGCAAACCGCCUCAGUGGACUUCCUGCUUGGGCAAACCGCCUCAGUGCUAACAGUGGACUUCCUGCUAGGGCAUACCGCCUCAGUGCUAACAGUGGACUUCCUGCUAGGGCAUACCGCCUCAGUGCUAACAGUGGACUUCCUGCUUGGGCACACCGCCUCAGUGCUAACAGUGGACUUCCUGCUUGGGCAAACUGCCUCAGUGUUAACAGUGGACUUCCUGCUAGGGCACACCGCCUCAGUGCUAACAGUGGACUUCCUGCUAGGGCACACCGCCUCAGUGCUAACAGUGGACUUCCUGCUAGGGAAGCAUUAUGGCAACUCAGCGACACAAUGGUAGAGAUUAACUGAGCUGGGUUUGGGUCAUUGAUAAGUCACUGUCUCAACUCAGCCUUAUAAAACUGUGAAAGGAUCCAGGAACCCAGAUGAUUUGGGUUGAUUCCAUCCUCCUUAUAAAACGAGCUUUGUUUCCAGAAGGUAUCAAAAUGGUCACUAAAUGUUCCACCCACAGAGCUGUAAUAGUCUGGUUGCCAGUUACGGAGGGAUAACAGUCUGCUGAACCGUUCAAUGCCACCAUUUAGGGAGGACAGAGGGACAGAUAUUAUGGGGUGUUUGUUGGUGUCAAGCAGAGACCCAAUCAGUUGUUUAAAAUCCAUCUUCAGCUGUUCUGUGCUGCCCUUCAUAAUGUCAUUGAAUCACACAUGAACUAUGAUGGACUACAUGUCCUGAUGCAGGUUUAUAAUGUCUGGGAGCAGCUUAUUGAUGUCCUGAUACAGGUUUAUAAUGUUAGGGAGCAGCUUAUGGAUGUCCUGAUGCAGGUUUAUAAUGUCUGGGAGCAGCUUAUUGAUGUCCUGAUGCAGGUUUAUAAUGUCUGGGAGCAGCUUAUGGAUGUCCUGAUGCAGGUUUAUAAUGUUAGGGAGCAGCUUAUGGAUGUCCUGAUGCAGGUUUAUAAUGUCUGGGAGGAGCUUAUUGAUGUCCUGAUACAGGUUUAUAAUGUUAGGGAGCAGCUUAUUGAUGUCCUGAUGCAGGUUUAUAAUGUUAGGGAGCAGCUUAUUGAUGUCCUGAUGCAGGUUUAUAAUGUCUGGGAGCAGCUUAUUGAUGUCCUGAUACAGGUUUAUAAUGUUAGGGAGCAGCUUAUUGAUGUCCUGAUACAGGUUUAUAAUGUUAGGGAGCAUCUUAUUGAUGUCCUGAUACAGGUUUAUAAUGUUAGGGAGCAGCUUAUUGAUGUCCUGAUGCAGGUUUAUAAUGUUAGGGAGCAUCUUAUUGAUGUCCUGAUACAGGUUUAUAAUGUUAGGGAGCAGCUUAUUGAUGUCCUGAUACUGGUUUAUAAUGUUAGGGAGCAGCUUAGUGAUGUCCUGAUACAGGUUUAUAAUGUUAGGGAGCAGCUUAUUGAUGUCCUGAUACUGGUUUAUAAUGUUAGGGAGCAGCUUAUUGAUGUCCUGAUGCAGGUUUAUAAUGUCUGGGAGCAGCUUAUUGAUGUCCUGAUACAGGUUUAUAAUGUCUGGGAGGAGCUUAUUGAUGUCCUGAUACAGGUUUAUAAUGUCUGGGAGCAGCUUAUUGAUGUCCUGAUACAGGUUUAUAAUGUCUGGGAGCAGCUUAUUGAUGUCCUGAUGCAGGUUUAUAAUGUUAGGGAGCAGCUUAUUGAUGUCCUGAUACAGGUUUAUAAUGUCUGGGAGCAGCUUAUUGAUGUCCUGAUACAGGUUUAUAAUGUUAGGGAGCAGCUUAUUGAUGUCCUGAUGCAGGUUAUUGAUGUCCUGAUACAGGUUUAUAAUGUCUGGGAGCAGCUUAUUGAUGUCCUGAUGCAGGUUUAUAAUGUUAGGGAGCAGCUUAUUGAUGUCCUGGUGCAGGUUUAUAAUGUUAGGGAGCAGCUUAUUGAUGUCCUGUACUCGGGCUCCUGUGUAGCACAACGUUUUUGCUCCAGAGAUUGAGGCAUUUCUCACCAUUGAACGGCUGGGGAAGGAGAAGUCCGCCCAUUCCUGCCCCUCACACCUUUCAUGGGCCCAUUCCUGCCCCUCACACCUUUCAUGGGCCAAAUGAGAUGCAGGAUAGCAUAGGCUGGCAGCGCCCUGUCAGGUCCAGACCUCCCACAGUAGGCAGAGCCCCGUCAGAUCCAGACCUCCCACAGCAGGCAGCGCCCUGUCAGGUCCAGACCUCCCACAGCAGGCAGAGCCCCGUCAGGUCCAGACCUCCCACAGUAGGCAGAGCCCUGUCAGAUCCAGACCUCCCACAGUAGGCAGAGCCCCAUCAGAUCCAGACCUCCCACAGCAGGCAGAGCCCCGUCAGAUCCAGACCUCCCACAGCAGGCAGAGCCCCGUCAGGUCCAGACCUCCCACAGCAGGCAGAGCCCCGUCAGGUCCAGACCUCCCACAGUAGGCAGAGCCCCGUCAGGUCCAGACCUCCCACAGUAGGCAGAGCCCCGUCAGGUCCAGACCUCCCACAGUAGGCAGAGCCCCGUCAGGUCCAGACCUCCCACAGUAGGCAGAGCCCCGUCAGGUCCAGACCUCCCACAGUAGACAGAGCCCCGUCAGGUCCAGACCUCCCACAGUAGGCAGAGCCCCAUCAGGUCCAGACCUCCCACAGUAGGCAGAGCCCCGUCAGGUCCAGACCUCCCACAGUAGACAGAGCCCCGUCAGGUCCAGACCUCCCACAGUAGGCAGAGCCCCGUCAGGUCCAGACCUCCCACAGUAGGCAGAGCCCCGUCAGGUCCAGACCUCCCACAGUAGGCAGAGCCCCGUCAGGUCCAGACCUCCCACAGUAGGCAGAGCCCCGUCAGGUCCAGACCUCCCACAGUAGGCAGAGCCCCGUCAGGUCCAGACCUCCCACAGUAGGCAGAGCCCCAUCAGGUCCAGACCUCCCACAGCAGGCAGAGCCCCGUCAGGUCCAGAGAGAGGGAAAGGAGGCGAACUCGACGACGAAGCCCCUGCUGGAGUCAGCUCAGCAGUGAAGGCGCAGGUAGAUCCCAAGCUAACAGGCGAACUCGACGACGAAGCCCCUGCUGGAGUCAGCUCAGCAGUGAAGGCGCAGGUAGAUCCCAAGCUAACAGGCGAACUCGACGACGAAGCCCCUGCUGGAGUCAGCUCAGCAGUGAAGGCGCAGGUAGAUCCCAAGCUAACAGGCGAACUCGACGACGAAGCCCCUGCUGGAGUCAGCUCAGCAGUGAAGGCUCAGGUAGAUCCCAAGCUAACAGGCGAGCCAAAAACAAGCAAAUAUCGGUGCAGUACAACUCAUCCUCGUCACGGAUUGACAGACGACCACACCGGGGCUCCUAUCAGCUAACAGCAAGAACGAGAGGCUCCAGUGGGCAUCACCAACACUGGACAGUUGAGGAGAGGAAAAACAUGACCUGGUCCGACGAAUCCCAGUUCCUGUUGUGUCUUGCUGAUGGCAGAGUCAGGAUUUGGCAUCCAUGGCCAGUACAGUACAGGCUGAUGGCGGUGGUGUGAUGGUGUGGGGAAUGUUUUCCUUGCAUGCAUUAGGUCCCUUGAUACCAAAUUGAGCAACGUUUCCAUUCCCCAAAGAAUGCAAGCUGUUCUGGAGGCAAAUGUGGGGUCCGACCUGGUACUAGAUGGAUGUACCUAAUAAAUAUUUAUACUAUGAGUUUGGAAUAAUACUAUGAAAUUGUUUUAAAAAAUUACGAUAAUGCUCUUUUAGUGUAAGGGCUGUUUGAAAAGAGUUUUGGUAAAAACGGUCCUAGCAAAUUUCUUGCUUUGAGAAAUUUCUCUUUGCUAAGAAGCAUUGUAAUUAACAGUAAGGUACUUAAUUGUUACCUAGAAAUUAUUUGAUAUUGAGAUUUUUAAAAACAGCUAGGCGAGCUUUUAUAAAUGAUUUACUUGAGAUGUUAUUCCUUAACAUCUAAUGACCUUAUAUAAUAAUAAUAAUAUAUGCCAUUUAGCAGACGCUUUUAUCCAAAGCGACUUACAGUCAUGUGUGCAUACAUUCUACGUAUGGGUGGUCCCGGGAAUCGAACCCACUACCCUGGCGUUACAAGCGCCAUGCACUACCAACUGAGCUACAGAAGAUAUGUUAUGUUUAGAGGGAGACUGGCACAGACAGCCAAAACAGACAUCAGAAACGUCAGUCGAUUCUCAAUGUACGAUAUGAUUAUAGAAACAUAAAACCUUUUCACUUCCAAUGUACGAUAUGAUUAUAGAAACAUAAAACCUUUUCACUUCUCAAUGUACGAUAUGAUUAUAGAAACCUAAAACCUUUUCACUUCCAAUGUACGAUAUGAUUAUAGAAACCUAAAACCUUUUCACUUCCAUAUCACAUCAAAAUCAUUUCACAAAUGCAAAAAAAUAUAUAUAUAUAUAAACUUACUGUAUGUACAGUUUGAACCAGGUUUAUUUUUCUGUUGCAACAUUUUUCUGAUGUCUGUUACAGGCGUUCGGAGCAUAUGCUAGAUCAGUGGUAUCCAAUUUUCAAGCCUUUGGUCGCAGAGCUUCAUGGGAGUUUUGAGUAUCACUCGGUAGGAAGUCAGCAACUCGAUUCGCUUAGUUUGGAGGGCUGAAAAGGCACUACGCCUCGUUCAAAGUUGAGUUAGGACAACACUCCCACUUACAUACAGCUCGCAGGAUCGCUCAAAAUGGAGGCUAAGUGGAAGGCUAUUGGGAGUGUGUGUGUUUGUGUGUGUGUGUGUGUGUGUGUGUGUGUGGCUGUUCACCCAUCACUAAUACAAAAAAUAUCCUGCAUUGAGAAUGAAACCUAUUAUUUGUCGACUACCACAUGAAUUUAACACCACGAGUAAUGGAGCGGAACAUCAGCUGCUCCUGAGGCUGUGACCCGUUUUAUAUAUUUAUAUUAAUAUAUAUAUUAUAGUCUCUGUUGUGGUCCUUCUGUGGCUCAGUUGGUAGAGCAUGGCGCUUGUAACGCCAGGGUAGUGGGUUCGAUUCCCGGGACCACCCAUACGUAGAAUGUAUGCACACAUGACUGUAAGUCGCUUUGGAUAAAAGCGUCAGCUAAAUGGCAUAUAUUAUAUUAUAUAUUAUAUUAUUAUAUAUAUUAUUAUUAUAUAUAUAUAUAUUAAGUGAACAGAUCUCAUUAAGACUGGAUGUCAUGCAGGAGAUGUGUUUUAGUGACGGGCCAGUGGAGCCUCUCACACUCACACAAUAAGCACAAUAUCUGUGUGUAGUAAGUAUAGCACCAACACAACAUGUACAUAAGUCAUUUAGCAGAACACUCUUAUCCAGAGCGACUUAGUCCAUCUUUAAAGCUGCAAUACAGAGUGGUGAAACUGCCAUGUUUUUGAAACAACAAGCUUGUUUUCCCUCUGACAUCAUCACUGCCUGCCCGUAAGAGCUGCGGAGUCUUUUACCUUAGAGGCUCCUCCUCCUUUCAGGAACAAAACGAUAACAAAUGUUCCUGGGGUUACCAUGGGGAUUCCGUCAAUGGGGAUUCCAUCUUAAAGACGUAGUCAUAGUAAAUGCAUUUUCCCUCGAUUUUAAAAGUAGCUAUCGACAAGUGUGAGUGCAAGGGAGUUUUCUUUUUGCUGUUGCCCUGACUAAGUCUGUGUGUGUGUGUGUGUGGUGUGUGUGUGUGUGUGUGUCUCUCUUGUCUUCACCAGCUGAACAGCUCCAGUGAUAGUGGUCUGGAGAAGGUUCUACCGUUGGGGGGCCACAAGGCCCCUGUGGUCACAGUGGACUGGUGCUCUGCCAUGGACUGUGGCACCUGCCUCACCGCCUCCAUGGACGGAAAGAUCAAACUCAGCACUUUACUGGCGCAGAAAUCCUGAUUGGUCGAAAUGUAAAGGCCUCGAGGGAAAGGUUCCUCAUUGGAGGGAAGCAUUUUAAUGCAGCAUCACACUAUUGAAGCCGAUGUGUUCUACAGUAGCGUUCGCCUUAAAUCAUUGUAAUACUUUGUAUUGACCUAAGGCAGUCAACAACAUAUCAUGGAUGAAACAGGGCUUUGGAAAAUCAUAAUAGGAUAUUAACAAUUAGAAUAAAAUCCAACUCAUUCCUUACCGGCACGUGGUGUUCAGUCCAUGUGAGAGACCAUGUUAUAUUUAAUGUAGUAGAGAAGUUGUGGCUUUAAAAUCUGAACUGGUUGUUGUGAGAAUUUGAAACUUUUGAGAGGCCAAUGCAUCUGUCCGAGGCCGACACCAUGCAGAAGUUGAACCUUCUCUUGCUUUUCUCAGUACCACAACUCCUGAUGGCGAGGGCUGUUUGUUUAAUCAUGUAUGUGUGUAUAAUCACUUGUGGAUUGUGACAAUAAAUAAUUUGUAGAUA